UAGAACUAAUAUUCUCAUUUUAUAACUUACAAUAUGUCUCAAAACGGUCUUCAAGCUAACGGCAAUGCUAAGCCUAAGGAAGUUUCCUCCCCUUACAUGUCAAAUGAUCCCAACUCUAAUGUUGCAAACUUUAAGAUCAUCGAAUCCACUCUUAGAGAGGGUGAACAAUUCGCUAAUGCUUUCUUCACUACUGAAAAGAAAAUUGAAAUUGCUAAAGCACUUGAUGCUGUUGGUGUCGACUAUCUUGAAUUGACUUCUCCUGCUGCUUCUGAACAAUCUCGCAAUGAUUGUACUGCUAUUGCUAACCUUGGUUUGAAGGCCAAGAUCUUAACUCAUGUUCGUUGUCAUAUGGAUGAUGCCAAGUUGGCUAUUGAUACUGGUGUUGAUGGUCUUGAUGUUGUUAUUGGUACCUCUUCUUUUCUCCGUGAAUUCUCUCAUGGCAAGGAUAUGGAUUAUAUUACCAAGCAAGCUAUUGAAGUCAUCACUUACAUCAAGAGCAAGGGCCUUGAAGUCCGUUUCUCUACUGAAGAUUCUUUCAGAUCUGAUCUUGUUGAUCUUUUGAGCAUUUACAAGGCUGUCGACAAGAUUGGUGUUAACCGUGUUGGUAUUGCUGAUACUGUUGGUUGUGCUAACCCUCGCCAAGUUUAUGAAUUGGUUAAGACUUUAAGAAGUGUUGUCAGUUGUGAUAUCGAAUGUCAUUUCCACAAUGAUACUGGUUGUGCUAUUGCUAAUGCUUAUGCUGCUUUGGAAGCUGGUGCUACACACAUUGAUACAUCUGUGCUUGGUAUUGGUGAACGUAACGGUAUUACUCCCUUGGGUGGUUUGUUGGCUAGAAUGUACACUGGUGAUAAGGAAUAUGUAAAGAACAAGUAUGAUUUGACCAAGAUUCGUGAAGUUGAGAAUAUUGUUGCUGAUGCUGUUGAAGUUACUGUUCCUUUCAACAACUACAUUACUGGCUAUUGUGCUUUCACACACAAGGCAGGUAUUCACGCUAAGGCUAUCUUGAACAACCCUUCUACUUAUGAAAUCUUGAACCCCCAUGAUUUUGGUAUGACUCGUUAUGUCAGUAUUGGUCAUCGUUUGACUGGUUGGAAUGCUGUCAAGAACCGUGUUGAACAACUUGAUUUGGAUUUGACUGAUGAAGAUGCUAAGGCUGUUACUGCCAAGAUUAAGGAAUUGGCUGAUGUUCGCCCUCUUUCUCUUGAUGAUGUUGAUGUCUUGCUUCGUUUUUACCACCAAGCCAAAGCCGAUGGUUCUCAUACACACUUCUUAAACAGAAUUGAAAAUCCCGAACAAAUUGCCUCUUUCAGCGCUGAAGCAACUGCAUAAACACCACAAUCAUCAUUACCCUUUUUAAAACUCAUGUCAUUAUAAAUAAUUCCAUCUCUGCAGAAAGAAGAAGAAAGAAGAAACAAAUAGCAUCCAAAACACUCAUUUAUACAUAGAUAUAUACUGUAAAGCUCUUUGUCUUCUUUUCUUUAAUUAUUUUGUACAAAAGCCCAAUAAAAAUUACCACUUUUUUUGUGUUCAGCA